GACUACAAUUCCCGGCACGACACGCGGGCGCCUUUCCUCCAGUCUUUCCCCUCCCUCCCCAUUGCUUUUGGCAGAGGGAGGUUGCCCCGGCCGGAUCCGGCGGCGGCCCCGAGCGGGCGGGCUCGGCUGGGCAUGGGGGGCUGCCUUUCUUCGCAGACGGCUGAUGACCUCUCGCUGCUCAACGACUCCACUGGAGAUGGUGCGAGCCUCGGGCCUGGAGAUCCACCUCUACCACCCGCCUCCGCUCCUCCGCCUCCCUACCAGGAACAUGCACCGAUUCCAGUGUAUCACCCAACGCCCAGCCAGGCACGUCUCGCCACCCAACUAACGGAAGAAGAGCAGAUCCGAAUAGCUCAGAGGAUUGGGCUCAUUCAGCACCUUCCCAAAGGAAUCUUUGAUCCAGGCUCAGAGCCAUCAGAGAAGAAAAUCAAAGAGUGUGUGAUCUGCAUGCUGGAUUUUGUUUAUGGAGAUCCCAUCCGGUUCCUGCCCUGCCUGCACAUCUAUCACGUACACUGCAUUGACGACUGGCUGAUGCGGUCAUUCACUUGUCCCUCUUGCAUGGAGCCAGUUGACGCUGCUCUGCUGUCCUCCUAUGAGACUAACUGAGGUUGCUCCACGUCCUGCUCUUGUUAAUGCUUCCAGGCUGGGGCUUUUAGGGAGGCUGGUGGGGCUAGGAUGUGACACAUUCUUUAUUUGCACACUUCUGGGAUACACCAAAGAACCCUAUGGCAAAGAGCCCUGGAGGACAACACCACAGCCAUUCUGGCUUGGCUAGCUGUGCUAAAAGCUGACUUGUGCCAUAUUUGAGCAUUUUUUCCAGACUUGUUGGGCAGGGAGGGAGAAGGGAAUGACAAAGUUGGGGUUGUCUUUUCACUUCCCCCAUAAAUGCAUCCCCCUCACACACCCAAAGAUCAGGAUUGUUUGAAAUUAUUCCCUGCCCUCAUGCCCCUCUAAUUCCCACUGAGUUAGCAAGUAUAGUUCUCUUGGGGCUAUGUGAGGGCAUCAGACUGUAACUAUCAUCAAGAGUUUUUAAAACCUUAAAACUGAUGUUGGUGGCAAAACCCUUGUGAUUUCAAUUCAAGAGAGGAAUUCAGGGAUGCAACACUAUGGCUCUGGCUGGUUUGUGGUGGAAUCUGAGGUUUUGUCAAAGUUUGUGAUUUUUAAGCAUUCUCCCUUCUGCCACAUAAAAUAGAUAUUAACUUCAUUUAACUGGGUGGCAACAGCAGCUGUGUUUAAAUCUUGGCCAACACUGACUAUUUACGCAGUAGUACACAUACUGCAAUGCAGAAAACAAACCUAAAGAGCUUGUCUCCUUUGUGGGGCAUCUUGGAACCGUAAUGUUGCAGCAGGGAGGCUACAGCUUGAUUCUAUAGCUGUCAGUUGGAGGCAGAGUGCUUUUAGUUUUUUGGGGGUGUUUCAGCUAAGAAGAGUGCCUGGAGGGAUACUAUUUCCUUUCUCUCUUCUGCUUUUAAAGUUGUUUCUCAAUCAAGACAGGAAUUUUUAUUUGUUCUGAAGAAGUAUACUGUGAUGCUAUUGCAGGCCAGGCACACUUCCCCAGAGAAUGUUUAGAGGUUUAUAGGGGGGAAAGGAUUCCACAGGGGAAGAGGGAGUGGUUUUAUCCUAUCACAUGGAUGGAAUAGAUUUAGAGAGAAAAUUUGAGUAUUUUCACUGGUACUCAGUUCUCAUUCAGGUGCAGUUAACUGGAUCUUUUCCCCCCUGCAAAUGUAGAUGUCCCUCACAAGUCAAAGUUUUCCCUUUCCAUGAAACUAAUGCAGUAUUGACACUUUCUAGAUAAAUAUUUGGCAUGUUUAAAGGUGAUAGAGGUGGUAAAGUUAUUUGUAAAUAACAAUUUUUAUAGAAAGUUGAUGAUCCAGUAUGGUAAAAUCCCUUCUAGAGACUGACUGUGAGUUAAGGCAUUCAAGUGCACUAUUAUAGAAGAGAAAAGAACUUCUGCUUGUUUGUUGCCCAGUUUGUGCUGUUUGCCUUACACAAAUCCAAGUGAAGACCCUUGUCCCAUAGGAAACUGCUAGCACAGCCCUUUGGUCACUGCCAUGCAGCAAGCCCACCAUUUGGAAAGGCUUCCCUUAGUCAUGCUCUGUUGUUUAUUGCCUUGCAAGUGGAGAGGCGUGAAAGUGCUUUACUGGUUAUGUAUUGUUCUUAACAAGGUUUUAGCACUUGGAAGUAAAACUGAUGUACAUUGCAUUCAAAUGAAAUAAAAUAGAUUGCCUACA